UAUAUAAAAAGAUGUAUAUUUCAAUUAAAUAUAAAAUUAAAAAUAAAUUUAAUUAAUUGAUUAAUAAAAAUGGUAUUUUUCAACUUACCUCCUCUCAUCUCUACAUGAGUCCGCCCAUGUUCACAGUUAUAUAAAAAGGGAAAUUUCAAUUUUUGACCCUAAUAAAAUACCCCAUUUCAAAAUAUAUACCCUCCACUAAUUUAUACAAAUUAAUUCCACUAUUACUCAUUUGUACCCAAAAUACCCCUCAAAUUUAAUUUUCCUAUUCACACUCUCUUUCCGUCUUUCCCUCUCUUUCACUCUCUCUCUCUCUCUCUCUCUCUCUCUCUCUCUCUCUCUCUCUCUCUCUCUCUCUCUCUCUGUCGUUCCAUCUCUCUGUCUGUCGUUCUCGAUUGACUCUUCGACAUCGACCCAACAUCACGACCCACUCCGGCCAUCCACCCACGUCCCCGACCCACUCCGGCCAUCCACCCACGACCCCGACCCAACCACGAACCACCACGGACCACCACCACGACCCAGUGACCACCACGAACCACCACGAACCACCACGGACCACAAAACGUCGCCACCACCACCACCCGUGAUCGUCGACACCGAACAGAGGCCUUCGCCACCACGAGCAGCACGAGCAGUACCCGUCGCCACCACCACCCGUGAUCAUUAAAAGAUGGCUCCCAGACUCAUUAUUCCAGCACCCGAGCAUUUCACUGGCCGCGUCACAUAUAGGGGCACUGGAAUUUUUGCCAAAAUUAAAGCUCGGUUUGAGGAGUUCAACCUUAACAACACGGCGAAGGAAAGCCGUUUCGGGAGCUUCUGGAAUGCCGUACCACUGACAUUCUCCUCGGUGUUAUUUCACCAGCUGAUGCUCCACAAAAUGAAAGUGGAUGCUCAGGAGGAGUUGAGGAUGAGGUUUUAUGUUGGUCGGAAGGAGGUCCGAUUCGGGGUGCUGGAGUUUGCACUCAUUACGGGUUUGGACUUCUCCUCGGGGCCAACAGAAGAGGAGAAGGCUGCGCAGGUCGCGCGCUCGGGGUCAGACCGACUGAUCAACAAAUAUUUCAACCGGUCUGAUAGUGUGAAGACAGAAGCACUCCAACUUCAGUUCACAAACUGCCAGAACCCGGAAGACUUGUACAAGCUCGGCUUGUGCUUGUUUGUGGAGUCAGUGCUUCUGGGCCGCAAGGCCAACGCGCUGAUCACGCCUCACAUCAUUAGAUAUGUGGAAGACCUCGAGUUCUUCUUCCGGAUUCCUUGGGGGAAGCACUCAUUCGCCAGACUCAUGCACUCGCUUCAGAAAGACAUGUUGAAACAGAAGGCCAACUACGAGAAGAAGCUGAGUUCGGAUGUUCAGCACGAGUGCAAAUACACAGCAUAUGGCUUCGCACCUGCAGUCCAAUAUUGGGCGUACGAGGCCAUUUUGGAGGUUGGCAAGAGGUAUGGCACGAACCACGGGAUUCGGUUCCCAGGAUGCUUAGGCUGGACGAGCAAAGGCGAUAUUGGGAAGAAAGACAGGUCGAGGCAGUAG